UGGGGCUCAGAAAAUAACUUUCACUGCCUGGCAAGCAGCACAGGUCAGCUGGGGCAAAGAAGAAAAGAUUCCUCAGAACCUCAGAGACUGAGGAACCCAGCACUGAUACCUGAAGAGAUGGUGCAAGUCCUGAGAUCUCCUCUCCUGCAGCUGUUGGGCCUAUUGGCUCUGUGGUGUCCUCUUUGGGCUAUCCCUCCAGGUUAUACCCCAUUUCAGUGGUUUCAAAUUCAGCACAUCCAGCCAAACCCCCUCCCAUGUGAUCAGGCAAUGAUUGCUGUCAACAACCUUAUAAAGAGGUGUAAGCCUACAAACACCUUUCUGCAUGAUGCUCUCCAGAAUGUGAUUGACGUCUGUAAACUGCCCAUGACACAGUGCAAAAAUGGCCAGUACAACUGCCACCAAAGUGCCAGUCCUGUGAGAAUGACUGACUGCUUGCUUGUUAGACCAAGCCAGUUUCCUAACUGCCACUACACUGAUACUGACACAACCAAAAACUUCAAGGUGGCCUGUGACCCACCUCAGCCCAGUGACCCUCAAUAUCCCCUGGUUCCUGUGCACUUCGAUGAAAUUGUCUAGUUUUGAGCAGCUUGGUCUGUCUUGACGGGCAGUUUCUAUUACAGUUUCUUCUGCCUUUUCUGUUUCUCUCUCUUUCCUUCAUCAUCUCCCUUUUGGAUUUUCU